ACGAAUCCGGCCACUACAGCACAUCAGAUGGCGACCACCGACCACAUCUCGUCGCCGCCGCAGCCGGCGUCGCCGGGCGUUGGCGCCGUCGCCCUCUCGUCCGCCGUCGGCGAGCUACUCCGCUUCGUCCUCUCCUCCCACGUCGCCACCCCGGACCCGGCCCUCCCUCUGUCCCUCUCCUAUUGCUCCCGCCUCCUCGAAGACGACCUGUGCGAUAAGCUGGCCACGGAGCUUGCGGGGUGCGCCGAGGAGGGGCGGAUCCCGAGACCCCCAGUGGUAGCGGGGGCGGUAGGAACUCCUGCGGAGGAGAAUGAUUCGCGUAAGAGGGAGGGGGAGUGGGAGGCGGUCCUGCGCGAGAAGGGCGCCGAGUUAAAGCGGAUUUAUGAUGCAGUCGAGUUUGUGCUACAUGUUCAAGAACCAUACUUCACUCAACUCAGUGCUGGAUCCAAGAACGUUGAAGGGAGGUUAGCAGCUGGUAAUUACAACAGGAUUACACAAGGUUCUUUGUUGCUCUUCAAUAAAUGCCUCUUGCUUGAGGUUGAGGCAGUUAGAAAGUACAGUUCGUUCUCUGAGAUGCUGCAAACAGAGACGAUCUCAAAUGUCCUUCCUGGUAUUUCGUCAAUUGAAGAAGGUGUCGAAGUUUAUAGAAAAUUCUACACAGAGGAAAAGGAGAACUCUUAUGGAGUCUUGGCAAUAUCUGUCUCAAAGCUGCAAAUCCAACCUUACAUAACCAUGACCGAGCUUCUUGCUGGAUUGGGCUACGAUGGACUAGGUAGACUCCUUGGUUUGGCAAACACAUCAGGAACAGUUCCAGAUGGACUGCCUCCUCCAAAAUCCAUGUUGAUUUCAUCUUGUAUGAAACUACACAAACCAACGGUGAAAAGUUGUUCUUUAACUGAUGCUGCAAGGGCAUUGGCCAAACAUGUUCACAGGAGUAGGGAUGGGUGGUGGGGCUGCCUCCAUGGAAGUGAUCCAAAGAAGAAUCAAAUUUCGUCCGAAGUCAUUGACCGUUUGUUACGUGAGGGCUGUUGGAUAAAUAUUCAUCUGACACAGCCCAAUAGGCCUGUUUUUGAAAUUCGUGUGCAUGAAGGUUAUGGUGCCCGAUGGUCUCAUGAUGGUUUGAAGUUCAUUGGAUUCUUGGAGCCUUACACUCCAGAUGGCUUUCUCAACGGUUGGAAACACUAGAGUGCGAUCUGAGUGAUGUACACUAGUUCAAAUGUUCUGUAGAAUGGCGGAAGAUAUGUUGUAUGUCUUAUUCAAGGUCGAAGGGAAUGUCUUUUGUAAGGCCUGAAGGUGUAAGUUAUAACUUAUAAGAUGCUAUAGUACUUCCAAUGUUUUUUUUCAAAAUCUGGUUAUGGUGUGUCUUGAAUAGGCAAUGUCGUUGUGUUAUGGUGAACAUUGUAAUUCUGGUGCACAUCAGCUCUGAAAGCAUCAAACAGAUUUCUGUGUUGUAA